AUGUGGGUGCUCACACCUGCUGCUUUUGCUGGGAAGCUCUUGAGUGUGUUCAGGCAACCUCUGAGCUCUCUGUGGAGGAGCCUGGUCCCGCUGUUCUGCUGGCUGAGGGCAACCUUCUGGCUGCUAGCUACCAAGAGGACAAAGCAGCAGCUGGUCCUGAGAGGGCCAGAUGAGACCAAAGAGGAGGAAGAGGACCCUCCUCUGCCCACCACCCCAACCAGCGUCAACUAUCACUUCACUCGCCAGUGCAACUACAAAUGUGGCUUCUGUUUCCACACAGCCAAAACAUCCUUUGUGCUGCCCCUUGAGGAAGCAAAGAGAGGAUUGCUUUUGCUUAAGGAAGCUGGUAUGGAGAAGAUCAACUUUUCAGGUGGAGAGCCAUUUCUUCAAGACCGGGGAGAAUACCUGGGCAAGUUGGUGAGGUUCUGCAAAGUAGAGUUGCAGCUGCCCAGCGUGAGCAUCGUGAGCAAUGGAAGCCUGAUCCGGGAGAGGUGGUUCCAGAAUUAUGGUGAGUAUUUGGACAUUCUCGCUAUCUCCUGUGACAGCUUUGACGAGGAAGUCAAUGUCCUUAUUGGCCGUGGCCAAGGAAAGAAGAACCAUGUGGAAAACCUUCAAAAGCUGAGGAGGUGGUGUAGGGAUUAUAGAGUCGCUUUCAAGAUAAAUUCUGUCAUUAAUCGUUUCAACGUGGAAGAGGACAUGACGGAACAGAUCAAAGCACUAAACCCUGUCCGCUGGAAAGUGUUCCAGUGCCUCUUAAUUGAGGGUGAGAAUUGUGGAGAAGAUGCUCUAAGAGAAGCAGAAAGAUUUGUUAUUGGUGAUGAAGAAUUUGAAAGAUUCUUGGAGCGCCACAAAGAAGUGUCCUGCUUGGUGCCUGAAUCUAACCAGAAGAUGAAAGACUCCUACCUUAUUCUGGAUGAAUAUAUGCGCUUUCUGAACUGUAGAAAGGGACGGAAGGACCCUUCCAAGUCCAUCCUGGAUGUUGGUGUAGAAGAAGCUAUAAAAUUCAGUGGAUUUGAUGAAAAGAUGUUUCUGAAGCGAGGAGGAAAAUACAUAUGGAGUAAGGCUGAUCUGAAGCUGGAUUGGUAG